AUGCUGGGUAAUUGCUCUCUAGUGCCAUUUAAACACAAAAUUUUAAUUACAGCUAAUAAUCUUGAUGAAUAUAUUUAUGAGUAUGACAUUAGCCUAGAAAAUUUCUCAAAAAUUGAGAUAGGAAAAAUAAAAAGUAAAGGAAAUUUAUUAAUUGCAGGAAAUUCAAGGGUUUAUUUAUUAACAGGCGGAAAUUUAUGGGAAUGCAAAUAUGGCAAUCAGUAUGUUUGGAAUCAAAUUGGAGCAUUUAAUUGAGAUUUAGUGAGAUCUCUACAAUAUAGUCUUUCGCGAAUGAAUUAUAUAAGAAGGAAAAAAAAUUAUUUUGGGGUUCUUAAAAAUAAAUUCAAUUCAAGCAAAUUUUCAUUCUUUGAAUUUAAUUUAAACUCAAAAGAAUUCAAGGAGUCCAAGCUUUAA